CCCGUUUCUGUGGCAGGCAGUCCAACCCCGGUUUCCAUCCUGCAGUCAGUUUCUUCCCAGCCAGCCAGGAGCACACAGCCUCGCAAGCAGCGGAUGAAACCGGAAGUCUGACAGCUAGAGUCUGCAGUGGGACCCCUAGUGUUUUCCCACUCCAUGUCCUGGCAUCGUUCCCCAGAAGUACAAACACACACACACAGAGCUCCCAUUGUUGCAGCCUUCCUCAGCCCACUGAUCCUAAUAUGGAAUGCAGCAGGAAACCCAUGAUUUCCUGACACUCGGGAAGCUGGAGGAAGCAAGGGGAAAAAAACUCCAUUAAAAAGCCCAGCUUUCCUCCAUGUUAGAUGUGACUUGGAAAAUGAGGACGAUUUAGCAAAAUUUCACUGUGUCUUUUGCCAGGCUGGAGACAGGGAGAACAGAGCAAAACUCUCAGACUGCUGAAAUUUCUAGGCUGUUAGGAAGCCCCCCGAAUUCUGUGAAACAGGGUUUCUUAACUCACACUGACAGCGGAAAGGGGCAGAUCCUUUUCACAACUCCCCCAAGUGUGAGUUACCUUUCUUUACCAGCAUGGUAAGCAACAGGGCAUAUCCCAGCCUCGGACAUGUCUGUAUGAGUCAAGGUUCCCAAAGUCAGUCAGAGUAAACUCAAGCCUGGCACUGGCUUUCCGCCGCUUCAUGUGCUUUGGGAGAAGCAGGAGCAGCAGCAGGAGUCCCCAGCAGCUGGAGCCGCAAGAAUGAACUGCAAAGAGGGAAGUGACAGCAGCUGCGGCUGCAGGGGCAACGACGAGAAGAAGAUGUUGAAGUGUGUGGUGGUGGGGGACGGUGCCGUGGGGAAAACCUGCUUGCUGAUGAGCUACGCCAACGACGCCUUCCCGGAGGAAUACGUGCCCACUGUGUUUGACCACUAUGCAGUUACUGUGACAGUGGGAGGCAAGCAACACCUGCUCGGACUGUAUGACACCGCAGGACAGGAGGACUACAACCAGCUGAGGCCACUCUCCUACCCCAACACGGAUGUGUUUUUGAUCUGCUUCUCCGUCGUAAAUCCUGCCUCUUACCACAAUGUCCAGGAGGAAUGGGUCCCCGAGCUCAAGGACUGCAUGCCUCACGUGCCUUACGUCCUCAUAGGGACCCAGAUUGAUCUCCGUGAUGACCCAAAAACCUUGGCCCGUUUGCUGUAUAUGAAAGAGAAACCUCUCACUUACGAGCAUGGUGUGAAGCUUGCAAAAGCGAUCGGAGCACAGUGCUACUUGGAAUGCUCGGCUCUGACUCAGAAAGGUCUCAAAGCGGUUUUUGAUGAAGCUAUCCUCACCAUUUUCCACCCCAAGAAAAAGAAGAAACGCUGUUCUGAGGGUCACAGCUGCUGUUCAAUUAUCUGAGGUUGUCUGAGACCUGCCUCCACCCCAUCCAGGGGUGAGAAUGGCGCCGAUCUCUGCGGCCAAGCUCCAGUCAAAAAGGAGGGCAUGACCAGAAGGGAAUUCCCUUUGCACGGAGGCCUGCCCCGCCACCCUGUGAGCCCUCCCAACACCACACACUCGUCAGCCCACUGCCAUGACCUCCCUGCCAGCCAGAAGCAUCCGUACUGCACACUCUCUGAGAAUGCUGGGCCUGGAUUGCAGACAGCGCCACUGCUGACCAUAUCAAAAACAAAGUCAAAGGCCUUCUUACAUUUUACAUCUCCCCAGCUCAUGAAUGUGAAGCUGAUAGGAAACCACCCCAGGGAACCUGAAAAAGAAACUUGGUUCCUCUAUUGGUGGCCUUACUUGAUGUCUUUUGCAAAAGUUGGGACUACAAUGCUAACCUUUUUUUUUUUUUUCUGAAUCUGCUGUUCUACCCACAUUAAUUUGUAUUAUCUCAAGAAAUGUACUAAUUUCCAGUUUACUCAGGCCUUACAAAUCCAUACCAAAUUAGCCUAAAGAAAAGGCGUUUUAUAUUCAUUUCUAUUUUCAGCGUGUUUCUACCAAAGCUAUGAGAACCAACACAUACCUCUGAAUGCCUGAUUAUAAGAAGACAUGAGAAGACUUUAAAACUUUUGGAAAUUUACAGAGCCAUGAUUUUUGAACCGGAUUGAAAGAAAGCCAUCUGAAUUGCUGCAGGUCCACAUUUUUGCCAAAGACGCACUCUAAAAAUGCUUAUUAGUGGCCUGACUUUUUUCCAUAUUAUAUUGCCAUGACAAACUAAAAAUGAACUGUGUUUAAAAAUGUAGUAUUUCUGGUUUUCAUCCAAGUUGAUUGGGGGAAGAAUAUGCAGGAUCCAUCUUUUACAGUACUGUAUAUUCAGUAAAGUGGACGUUCCUGCUCCUCCCUUUCCCCAUUGCAUGCCUUCUUCCCCCCUUGAUUUCACUUUCUCUCAUGCCCAGAUCCUUUUGUUCUCUCCAAUUAUAACUCAGUUAUAAAAGAAAGAUCUGAGCAUAAAAACACAUGUUUAACAGUACCUAAAAGUUAAGGAAUGUGCCUUAAUUUUUC